UAGCCGAGAGGGCACGUUUGUAGCACAUGAGGAUAUCAACAGCAGUCAUCCGUUUCACAUACGAGGUAACAUGGCAAAGAAUAAACAAAAAGGGAAAAAGCAGAAGAACGUCUUUCAAGUGGCAAACAAGCACUUGAAGCACAAGAACAAAGCGAAACCUGUCACAACAACACUCAAACAUAUCAAUGCGGUGAAAAAUGAGAAAGUGGAGAACCUCAAUCAAAUGUUCUCAGAAGUCCAGAGGGAUGUUAAGAGCGUUUCAAAGUCUGUUGCUCCUGAACCCAAGAAACAAACAAAGGUUGUCAGGGAGCCACCAAAGGAAUCUGUAAAUGUUGACAAUGCUGCUCAACUCUUCUCUCAGCUAUAAUGGACCAAGAAAGACGGACUGUCAUAAAUGUUGAUGGAAGACAGAGUGAACCAGAGUGAAGCACUUCUCUCUGCUCAUGUCCCAUUUUUGACUUAGAGGAGCUACUGGUUCACGUCCAUGCAAACAUAGAUUUUAUGCCGAAAUACAGACUGCAAAAAAGUCUCAAGUGAGAAGAGAUUGCUGUUAUGGCAUGAUAGUAAAACCUUGUGUAUAAUUUAAGCAUCUUGUAUAUUCUGUGCAAAGAAAUGUAAUCAACUGACUGGCCUGAGCACUGUCAGCUGUUUUAGGAAGAUCGGAUAGAUUUUUACCUGAUAAAUAGUUUUGUGUAGAAAUUGAAAAUGAUUAUUUUCAUUAUUGAUUGAUCUGACAGUUGACUUGUUUUGCUUGUAAAAAAAAAAAAAAAAAAACAAAAAAAAAAACAAAUCUGAAAAAUGCUCAGCAGAAUUUCCCAGAAUCCAGACUGAUGUCUUCAAACUUCUGUUUUUUCUUUUUUUUUUGGCGGUGGGGGGGGGUCAUCAGCUCAAAACAGAAAAAAUGUUUUACUUGGAAAUGUGACUAUAACGAUUCAUCAAUUAACAAAAUAGUUGCAAAAAUAUUUUUUUUGCUGAUUGAACUAUUAGCUGAGCUUUUUUUAAUCUCUUCUUUCAAACAGCAUUGAGGACGGUGCCUUGUUCUUCAUUUUGAAUCUGUAUGUAAUUAAAGGCAACUUGUAAAGGUUAUUUUAGCCUUAGAACAUUUUCAAAAGAAUUAUGUAACCAUGUGCACUUCAUGGAACUGUCUUUGAGUUUUGUUUUUGAAGGUUGUUCAAGGUUUUCACACGUUUUUUUUUUCAUGCUCUUCAUGCCUCUGAUUUAGUGCUAAUGAAUCUGCUGUUUGUGAUGAUGAAAGUGUUUCCUUCCAAGAGUUUGGAUACCUAUGGCUCUUAUGGAAAUCAU